AGUCUUGUGUAAGCAGUUAUCUAUUCCAUUCUUCCUGAUUAUUCUUGAAUUUCUUAGGUAGUUACUUCGUUCAGGGCUACCUCUAGUUGCUCAUUCACAUCUCUUUGUUUCUUCAAUAUCAGAUAAGCGAGAUAACAUAUAUAGUUGCCAUACAAGCUGUGUUGUAUUGUAUUGUGUAGUGUUUUGUCCUGUUUUACCUUUUCUAAGAGCAGGGAUCCUUCAUUUUCCUGCCGCUGUUGUUUUGUGAUUCUAUGAGAUGGAAAUUGCAGAGUUGGAAGCAGCUGGCAGGAAGAUGGAGACACAUCAGACAGAUAAAGAAUAUACCAUGGAUGGGUCUGUUGAUCUGUGGGGAAAGGGAGUGGAGAGGGCCAAGACUGGAAGAUGGAGAGCUUGCUCCUUCCUCAUUGGGUAUGAAGCAUUCGAGAGAAUGGCUUUCUAUGGCAUUGCUUCCAAUCUGGUGAUCUACUUGACUAAAGAGCUGCAUGAAGGCACAGUAUCUUCAGCCAGGAAUGUCAACAACUGGACCGGAGCAGUUUGGCUCACUCCAAUUCUGGGUGCCUAUAUCUCUGAUACAUACUUCGGCAGAUACUGGACCUUCUUAGCUUCUUCAAUUAUUUAUCUACUGGGAAUGGUGCUUUUGACACUGGCAGUGUCCUUAAAAUCCCUAAAGCCACCUCAUUGCGGAAAGGGGCUAGUAUGCCAGAAGGCCAAUAGCCUACAGAUUGGCUUCUUUUACUUUUCAUUGUAUGUUCUUGCAAUUGGCACAGGGGGCACCAAGCCAAACAUCUCUACUUUUGGUGCAGACCAGUUUGAUGACUUCCAUCCAAAGGAGAAGCUGCAGAAGAAUUCCUUCUUCAACUGGUGGAUGUUCACUGUCUUUUUCGGAGCCCUGGUUGCCCAGACUGCACUGGUCUACGUUCAGGAAAAUGUUGGCUGGGCUUUAGGCUAUGGGAUUCCUACUGUAGGACUAUUUAUUUCACUGGUAAUAUUUAUGGCAGGGACUCCUUUUUAUAGGCACAAGGUUCGAACCCAGGACAGCCCCAUCAAAAGGGUUUUUAGGGUUUUAGUAUCGGCUAUUUCCAAGUGGAGAGUGCCUGCUCCUGACGAUGUAUCCAAACUUCAUGAAUUGAAUGAUACGGAAUACCAGGCUGCUGGGAAGCGCCGUAUCUUUCAUUCUCCAGCCUUAAGAUUCCUGGACAAGGCCGCCAUGAGAGUGGAAAGCGGCACCAAUGGGACAACGCCACGUCUUUGCACAGUAACAGAAGUGGAGGAAACAAAGCGGAUGAUCGGGAUGGUGCCUGUGUGGGUGGCGACAGUGAUACCCAGCACUGUCGUGGCCCAGGUAAACACGCUGUUCGUGAAGCAGGGCACCACGCUGGAGCGCCACGUAGGACCAGGUGGCUUCGAGAUUCCCGCCGCAUCUCUCAGCGCAUUCAUCACGCUCUCUAUGUUGAUAGCUGUCCCCAUAUACGACCGCCACGUGGUGCCACUGUUGCGCCGCCACACAGGGAAUCCACGUGGCAUAACAAUGCUGCAGAGAAUGGGCAUCGGUUGCGCCGUCCAGAUCCUAGUCAUGGUUUUCGCCACGUUGACCGAGGCCAAGAGGGUCCACGUCAUCCGCCAGCACGGACUGGAGGCCAGCAAGGACCCUGUUCCCAUGAGCAUUCUAUGGCUCCUUCCACAGUACUCCCUCAUGGGGGUCACUGACGUGUUCGUCGUCAUCGGCAUGCUCGACUUCUUUUACGACCAAUCACCUGUUGACAUGCAGAGCCUCGGUACUGCCUUUUUCACUACCAGUCUCGGGAUCGGCAAUUUUGUCAGCAGUUUUCUCCUUACCACCAUUGAGAAAUUAACCGGAAGAAAUGGGCACAAGAGCUGGAUAACCAACAAUCUCAAUGACUCACACCUUGAUUACUACUAUGCCUGCAUAGCUAUUCUCUGCUUCCUCAACAUGCUCUUGUUCAUUUUUGUUGCAAAGCUGUAUGUCUACAAGGAAGACACGAGUACAGUGAACAACAGUGAAAAUAAGGGCAGCAACAAGUUCAACAGCCAACUACCUCCUCCCUCAUCCACCCAUGGAUUGGAAUUCUUAAAUCUCAUAAAAGUUCAACCCACUGAAGGCUUUGAGCUGUCCCCUUCCUCAAAGUGAUGGUAGUAAAAACUAGGACAUCUUUGUAUCUACAAAGGUGAUGUAUAUUAUGUUUGUCAUAGGAAUGCCAAAGUUACAUGUAGUUCUGUAUUCUUAUUGUAUGUUUCUUGAAAAGAAGGCCAAGUAGCCAUAUCAUCAAAUAGAUAUUGAAUUUAGUUUA